CCCGCCGCCGGGGACAUGUCUAACCCCGGAGGCCGGAGGAACGGGCCCGUCAAGCUGCGCCUGACAGUACUCUGUGCAAAAAACUUGGUGAAAAAGGAUUUUUUCCGACUUCCUGAUCCGUUUGCUAAGGUGGUGGUUGAUGGAUCUGGGCAAUGCCAUUCUACAGAUACUGUGAAGAAUACACUUGACCCAAAGUGGAAUCAGCACUAUGACCUGUAUAUUGGAAAGUCUGAUUCAGUUACAAUCAGUGUGUGGAAUCACAAGAAGAUCCAUAAAAAACAAGGUGCUGGAUUUCUUGGUUGUGUUCGUCUUCUUUCCAAUGCCAUCAACCGCCUCAAAGACACUGGUUAUCAGAGGUUGGAUCUGUGCAAACUUGGGCCAAAUGACAAUGAUACAGUUAGAGGACAGAUAGUAGUAAGUCUUCAGUCCAGAGACCGAAUAGGCACAGGAGGACAAGUUGUGGACUGCAGUCGUUUGUUUGAUAAUGAUUUACCAGACGGCUGGGAAGAAAGGCGAACUGCCUCUGGAAGAAUCCAGUAUCUAAAUCACAUUACAAGAACUACACAGUGGGAACGCCCAACACGACCGGCAUCUGAAUAUUCUAGUCCUGGCAGACCUCUUAGCUGCUUUGUUGAUGAGAACACUCCAAUUAGUGGAACAAAUGGUGCAACAUGUGGACAGUCUUCGGAUCCCAGACUGGCAGAGAGGAGAGUCAGGUCACAACGACAUAGAAAUUACAUGAGCAGGACACAUUUACAUACUCCUCCAGACCUACCAGAAGGCUAUGAACAGAGGACAACGCAACAAGGUCAGGUGUAUUUCUUACAUACUCAGACUGGUGUGAGCACAUGGCACGAUCCAAGAGUGCCUAGGGAUCUUAGCAACAUCAAUUGUGAAGAGCUUGGUCCAUUGCCUCCUGGAUGGGAGAUCCGUAAUACCGCAACAGGCAGAGUUUAUUUCGUUGACCAUAACAACAGAACAACACAAUUUACAGAUCCUCGGCUCUCUGCUAACUUGCAUUUAGUUUUAAAUCGGCAGAACCAAUUGAAAGACCAACAACAACAGCAAGUGGUGUCAUUAUGCCCUGAUGACACAGAGUGUCUGACAGUUCCAAGGUAUAAGCGAGACCUGGUUCAGAAACUAAAAAUUUUACGGCAAGAGCUUUCCCAGCAACAGCCUCAGGCUGGCCACUGCCGCAUUGAGGUUUCCAGGGAAGAGAUUUUUGAGGAAUCAUAUCGACAGGUCAUGAAAAUGAGACCAAAAGAUCUCUGGAAGCGAUUAAUGAUAAAAUUUCGCGGAGAAGAAGGCCUUGACUAUGGAGGGGUUGCCAGGGAAUGGUUAUAUCUCUUGUCACAUGAAAUGUUGAAUCCAUACUAUGGCCUCUUCCAGUAUUCAAGAGACGAUAUCUAUACGUUGCAGAUCAAUCCUGAUUCUGCAGUUAAUCCGGAACAUUUAUCAUAUUUCCACUUUGUUGGACGAAUAAUGGGAAUGGCUGUGUUUCAUGGACAUUAUAUUGAUGGUGGUUUCACGUUGCCUUUUUAUAAACAGUUGCUUGGGAAAUCAAUUACUUUGGAUGACAUGGAGUUAGUUGAUCCAGACCUUCAUAACAGUUUAGUGUGGAUACUUGAGAAUGACAUUACAGGUGUUUUGGACCAUACCUUUUGUGUUGAACAUAAUGCAUAUGGUGAAAUUAUUCAGCAUGAACUUAAACCAAAUGGCAAAAGUAUCCCUGUUACUGAAGAAAAUAAAAAAGAAUAUGUCAGGCUCUAUGUGAACUGGAGAUUUUUACGUGGUAUUGAGGCUCAGUUCCUGGCUCUGCAAAAAGGUUUUAAUGAAGUAAUUCCACAGCAUCUGCUAAAGACAUUUGAUGAGAAGGAGCUAGAGCUUAUUAUUUGUGGACUUGGAAAGAUAGAUGUUAAUGACUGGAAGGUAAACACCCGGUUAAAACACUGUACGCCAGACAGCAAUGUGGUCAAGUGGUUCUGGAAAGCUGUGGAGUUUUUUGAUGAAGAGCGACGAGCACGAUUACUUCAGUUUGUGACAGGAUCCUCUAGAGUGCCUCUGCAGGGCUUCAAAGCCUUACAAGGUGCUGCAGGCCCACGACUCUUCACCAUACACCAGAUUGACGCCUGUACUAACAACCUGCCUAAAGCCCAUACUUGCUUCAAUCGAAUAGACAUUCCGCCCUAUGAAAGCUAUGAAAAGCUGUAUGAAAAGCUGCUAACAGCCAUUGAAGAAACAUGUGGAUUUGCUGUGGAAUGAUGGACUUCAAGGAUUUACCCAGGACUCUAUUUAUACCCCUGACUGACAGCCUCCUUCAGCAGAGUUUCAAAGAAUGCUGAAAUACAGGAACACCCCCCCGCCCCUUUUUUUAAUUUUAGGACACUGUGAGGGGAAAGGACAAUUUUGAAAUUCCUUUUCAAGGAAAAAAGGUCUUUAUGCUUUGCCAUGAGGCCACAUUCAGCUGCUAUUUAAAAUUAAUAUCUUGAACCUAAAGAAUGCUGACUUUUCCUACAUUUCCAGAGUUAGGCAGUAUUCUACACUUAAAGACUACUACUAUUUUUAUAAAAGGUAAUCUACUCAAAUCGCUUCACCGAUUUCAAGUCUCUCAAACAUCAAGACAACUUCAGCAGUCGGUACAAGUCACAUUUCAUUUUGAUUGAAUACAUGAUUUUGAACAGCUCCUGUACUUGCUCUUUGUAAAAAAAUAAAAUAAAAUAAAAUUACUUUGAAUUAUUCUACCUUUGUAAACAAUUGGCUGAAAGAAUAAUUAUCUUUGAGAAAUUAAGCCAUUUACAUGUUUAAUUAUGUUUUUCUAUAGCAGAGCAUUAUAUUUUGCAUUAUAUGUUUCAACCUAGCCUAAGUGAGUCUUUUAUAUUUUUCAAGCAUGAAUUUCCUGGAAUACAGCUUUAUAAUUUUAGUUGUCAAAUUCCUGAUACAACCACUUAGUCUAAACUUAGUAGUUUAUUUGCUACAAUAUGUGUUCAGGGGCUCCCUGUUUUUAAGAGACUUUUAAAAAAACUAAUGUUUUUUAUCUUGAAUCAGUAUGAUUAGGUAUUUUGGAUUUACUUUCAUCUUAAAUCAAAAUACUGCAUUUUUAUAGCUUCUCAGAGCAUGUGGAUGGGUGGGAUUUUCAUUCCUUGCUGGGUCAGCUUAUCUUUAUAUACUAUUCCUAUAAACCAAAGUCUCUGACAAGUGCACCUAAUUUAUAUUUUAAUUACAGUGUAAGUUUCUAUCAAGUAAACCAUCCUAAAGCUUUGUUUAGCUGCUCAUAAUUUUAUUUGGCUAAAAUUAUGAAAAAGGAAAAAUUUAGCUCUAAAGAUGAUUUAAUAUGCUUGGAAAACCCUGCUUUACCUACCAGAAUGGGGGAGGAGGGCUAGGUAGGGACGUGAUGAUUAAAGAAACAGUGAUUCUAAUUCUAUGGUGUCAAUUACUUUAAAACUUGAAGAGUUAAUUUUGGAAGUCAGGGAAUCCCAGUUCCCUUGGUGUUGAAGAUCUGCACCUGAUUUUGAAAUGUCCAGAUUUAGCUUUCAAGGUGUAUGGCAUGUUGCGUGAUCCAGAAAGCAACCAAAACUCUGGGGUGAGGGAUUGGAAAAAUCUAAAAUCACAGGUGGAUUUUUAAAUUCGACCAUAAAAAAUAUGAACUAUUCUUUUUUAAAACAAUUGAUAUAAAUAAUCAAGAAUAGCAAAUUUUGAUAACUUUAAAUUUUGCAGCUUAAUUAUCAAGUGAAUAGGUCCUUUGUGUUCUGUUUCAUGUGAUGGAGGGGGUUUCAGUCUGUGCUUGGAGCCAAAGGGUUCCUCAGGGUGCCUCAGGAAUAAUAGUUUAAGAGAAGAGUGUCAGGGAGGAGGAAGGUCUAGUUGGUAUUGAGUAGGGGCCUCUAGUUCCCCAUCUCCACCCCCCUUUACCCAGAGCAGCUCCAGUUUUUCUUUUAUAUAUUGUAAUUCCAAGUAAGCUUUUGUGGUUUAUGGGGGGCCGGGGAGGAAUGAGUAGGAUAAAAGAAGUGGAGAUUUUGCUGCUUUAAAAAAAAAAAAGUUGAGAACUAUUUGUGUAGUUUCUAAGUAUUUUAAUGUAUUUCAUUUGGCCAAAUUUGCUUCAAGUAAGCUUAGUCAUAGUCAUAACCGUGCAGUGGUAAUAUGCUUAUGCCAACCUUUUUCUCCCCAAAUACUUUGUGUUUUUCUACUGCAUUCUUAGUAGUACUGAAGAAUAUCUUGAAAUGUACAGAAAUGGUUUCUAUGCUACUUGGUUAUCAGUGAUUUUCAGCUCUCAUGAUAGUCCCUUAUUGGUUGCAGAUCCAUCUCUUUUAUAUUAAAGCACUUAGUGCAGUUUAUGAUUGUGCCUACUCUUAAAAUUUCUCUUUAAAAAGUAAGCACAUGAUGAACACUUUAUAGAAAUCAUAACCGACAGGGAUGCAGUAAUAAUGAAAUGCUACUAUCACUUGUUCUAAUAUACAAUGGAAAGCAGGCAAAUACCAUCGCUUUUUGAGUGCCUUUUUAACUUUAUACUAAUAACCUAAUAGAGCUUUAAAAGAAAAAAAUUACCCUCCCUAAUAGUCUAUGGUAUCACCAACAUGCUUUAUCAAAAUAUGAUUUAGAUUUUAAUUUCAAAGUUACAUUACCUGAUUACUUCCAAAUAGGUGCUAAGCAAACAAAAACUCCCAAUGUGUCAUUGAACCUAGGACUUGCACCUCAUGUUUAAUGUGAAUAUUUAUUUCCACAUGUCCUUCUUAGCUGGGGUUUUUCUUAUCCCUCCUCUAGUUGUGUUAUUUCAGAUAUGUGAUGUCACCUUUCCAUACUAUUUGCCUUUCCAUCAUGAAUGCUCAGUUAUGCAGUACAGAGGUGAGUUUUGUUUCAGAGGGCCUUCUUUCUUGAUGUAAAGAAUUUUUAAAUAGUGCUGUGUAUAGUGUACAUUUUGUUUUGCACAUAGUUUGUUGCCCUGGAUGGGUUUAUUUUUACCAAGUCUUUUUUUCUUUCUUGUAUUUACAGUCCAGAGCACAAGUUUCUCUUCUUUUAAAUACAAUGUAAUUCGCUUUAUUUUACAACACUAAAUCUGCUUUGAACUUCCGGUGCAUUGGACUGAUUGCAUUGGUGGGAGUUAGAGGUCGUUCCAGCCAUCUGUACGGUUUGGUAGAGCAGCUCCUUCUUAUGUUUUUAAGUUGCAGCAUACAGUCAACGGGUGCCAUUUGUGGUAUUUAACAUUCUUAUGUUAGGAUGAUGAUUGUACCAAAUGCUGAGUUGUUUUAUUUCUAGAUGUAAUUAGUUCACUUUAUGUAAUAUUCUUCCUUCUCUAAAACUGACUUUAAAAACAAAGUUUUAUCAUUUUCAUUGUAUUUGUAUUUAUUACAGAGUGUUUUAGCUUUGAUAUUCUUUGUAUUUUCACUUGGUUGUUACAUGAGCUUUAUCAAUAACAUCUGUAUAAAUGGUUUUUAAAAAUUAACUAUGUAUGUGCCCAUGCUGAAGUUGAGCAAUAAAAGGAAUGCUGUUUGCACUGUCACAGCAUCAAAGUUUUUAAAGAA